AUGAUUACGAAAAGGUUGGUGGUUUUGGCGUUGAUCGCCGUGGCAUCAGCUAACCAGCAAUACUGCAAAUGUGUUUGUUCCGGUAACACCGUGGUGGGCAAGAUCGACAAGUGUGUGAUGUGCAACAGCAGCUGGUGCUUGGAGAAGAACGAUAAGCUUUGCGAGGAGAAGGAGGAGGAGGAGAAGAUUGUGAUAAGUUGUUUUCAGAUCGAGUCGACGAAGGAGAAGGUGAUCAUUGUGUUGUUUGUGCUUGGGAAGGGUUGCUUGGAGGAGAUGAUUGUCAAAAUAGAGCUCAUCAUGACUAUCGACAUUCACAUUAAUGGUGUUCAGCAGCGUUCAAGCAGUCUAUCACUUUCAGACCGUCUUUAG